UAGUACUUUUUCCCUGCGAACGAUAAUGAAUAGGGAAACAAAUGCGUUGGGAAACAAGAGCACGGGGGAAAAAUUGAAGCGUUCAUUUGACAACUAGAUCGUGUCUAUACUCUUCUCUCUCUCUGAGCCAUGGGCGCGGACCAGACAGAAUUAGGGUUUUCUCGGUGAGCCACCUCGGCGGCAUCAUGCGUCGCUCCUUCGUCUCCAUUUUUGUUCGGCAUCCUCGCUUUAUUUAUUCCUGACUGCGCUGAUCAAGGAAGCUCUCUCUCUCCCUCUCGGUCGCUUGCUGCAUCGAGGUUCCGAUUCGAUUGUGGCUCCUUCGGACAUUGGGUGAUUCUAGGGCCUUGCUUGCGGUAUUGGGAUUUGGGGAUUCUUCGACUCGGCGUAUUUUUUUCUUCUUUUUCUGGAGGUCGAACGCGCCGCGAUGGAACGGUGGUUGAGGAAGAAUCGAGAAAUGGUGUAGCAGAAGAUUCGGUUUCCCAAGCUCGCAAUUUGUUCGGUCUCGUUUGGAAAUUCAGAUAGUCGCGUCUGGCUAGGGCGCUGGUUCUUGAAUAAUGUGUAUACUUUGUGUAGUUCCGAGGUGGUCGCGGAAGAUUGCCACCUUGUUGCCUUGGCUGCUGUUCCCAGUUCUUCUGUUUUGGGGCAUGUCGCCGCUCCUCCCUCCGCGGCUGCGCUUUGAGGUCACCUCGCCUAGGAUCGCUUGUCUGACCGUCCUCGUCCUGACACUCGUCUGGUACAAGGCUUUGGUGCCGCUAUUGAGUUAUUUGCAGGCUUGCAUGGCAGCUCGCGAACGCGAGCGCCAGCGGGCACUUGCAAUUGAGAUGCAGACGCUUUUGAAGACUGCCAUCCGCCGCUGCCGGAACUGUCACACCCCAUACAGGGAUCAGAAUCCUACUGGAGGCCGCUUCAAGUGCUCUUACUGUGGCCAAUUUUCUAAAAGGCCCAUCUUGGAUCUUCCAUGUUCUGUUAGGAGCUCUUCGUUCAGUGAACUUAUGAGGAGUUGUGGAUGGAUAUGGAGUCAGGAUCGGCAAGCCCAGAGAAACACCAAUUGGGGUUGUUCUACGGUUGCGAAAUUGUCAUCAUUUCUCAUUUUCUUCCCUUUCAAUCUGAUUUUCUAUUUAUUUGUCAGUAUGAGAUGGCUCUGUAGAGUAGUAUUCAGAAACAAUUGGUCAGAUGAUGGUUCUGACACUGACCACAAAGGGGCGUUAUAUAAGAGUGAGGAUGAUGGAGGGAACCUGCAUGAGAGAAGAUGGGAGAAAACCAGGAGGAAAGCUGAAGAGAAACGUCAGACAAAGAUGGAAAAAGAGAUGCUGGAAGAGGAAGAAAGAAAGCAAAGAGAGGAAGUUGCAAAGCUGAUAGAAGAAAGAAGAAAGAUGAGAGAUGAGAAAUUGAAAGCUGAGGGAGAAACUUCAAAGGGCUCCAUUGUUGACGAGGAAAGAGACAGUAAUAAGCACGGAAAGAAAAGAAGAAAAGAUAGAAGAAACGACAAGGAUAGGGGAUCUAGCAAGAGCAAUUCUGAUGUUGAGGAUUUAGAGAAAAGGGCGAGCAACAUGAAUGAGAGAAAGUAUGGAUUUUACAAUAAGAAUCGGAAUGAGAGACAUGAUGCAAUGAGAAAUCCAGCAGUGAUGUCAAAGGCACAUGCCUUGGAUACUUCACAUGGAAAUAAAAUGGUAACAGGUAAAACAAGAUACUCUAGUCAUAUAACUGGCAACUUUUCAUCAAGAGGUUUUGAUGGCUCCAUAUUUUUUGGGAGAAAUACCCAGAACCCAACUAGCGUGGUAAAGAAACCAAUUAAACCAGUUACAGUUUUCAUGAAUCACACUUUCAAAAAUGUCAGAAAGUCUCAAGUGGCUGGAGAUGUAAGUGUUAAUACUAUGUCAAGUGGAGAUAGUAGUUUUCUCAAAGGCAACCUUCAUCAGCCUAUGAAUUCAUCUGUGCAACCACGCCAAGCUACUCUGAAGAAACCAUGGCAUCAACUAUUCACUAAUCCAGCUCCCACAAACCCUGCAACUACUUCAACAAGUCGCAAUAAUAACAGUGAAGUAGAAGCUCAGAUUACAGACCUAAAUAACCAGAAGUUGCUAUCGGACAAUUUCUGUGACAGUCAAACUAACUUUGCACAACCAUUUCCUUUAACUUCUCUGACCUCAUCCAGUUUCUUAUUUAGUAGUACUUCUCCCAAAAGCUUGUCAGUAGAAUCCUUAUUUACUUCCAUUAAGGAUUCAACAUCAAGUUUCACAUCAGAAGAAGCAGAAAAUUUUGAAGAUCCAUGCUAUGUGCCGGACAUUAUAUCCUUGCUUGGUCCAGUUUCUGAGGAGCUUGACAAUUUUCCAUUAGAUACAAGUUCUGAUUUUCUUUUCAAUGAUAAGGUGGUGGAAUCUCAAGUGUUAAAGAGUCCUUCUGCUUCUGGAAUCAUAUCCAAGCCUUCUCCAAUUGAGUGUCCUAUUUCCAGAUUGCAAAAUUCAGAAGAAAAACAGACUAGUUUUGGCCAAGUUUCAUGUAACAAGUCUCAGGAUUUACAUAUGACAAAUGUUGAUGAGUCACAAGGUAUAUGGCAGAUGUGGGAACCUCCAUUGGAUCAGAACAUAGGGUUAUUAGGAGGGCCUUCCAGAUGGCUUUCAACUAUAGGACAUCAGAAUCCAGAACAAGAAGAUAUAUCAAAUAUUUUCUCAAACAACUCUUUGAUAUCACAAAGCAUGAAGGGGAGCCCUGCACUUUUGAGUGCCAAAUCUCCACAGCAUGUUCUUGGUGGUAUUCAGCAGAAUGGAGUCACACAUGGUGCAAAUAGUGCUGCUAUGAAUGGUAGUGAUCCUUGGAUGCAGAUACGGCCUUUACAAUCAUUAGCUUCUGAUGAAGAAAACCAUUUACUUCCUCUGAGUCUCAUAGAUAAUAUGCAGCAAAAUGAUGCAAUGAUAAUUAGUCCAAACAAGUCAAAACAUGAUUGCUCUAUUGUAUCUCCUAUUAGUUGGCUGAGUUCAAAAAUCUUUAGAUCAAAUUGGUAUCACAAUUUGAUUCCCUGGCUAAUGGUGUAUUUGAUUCCAAGUUCUUGUGCUAGGAGAUCCUAAAUUGUACCCACUUUUCUCUGACUUGACCAGCACAAACAGACAGAGAGAUCUUCAUUGGCUCGUCAGAAACCCACAUGUUUAGCGGUGAGUUGACAAUACUUGUCUUGUUAAAGCUGUAUUAUC